UUAAAGGGUCCUUCAAAUUCGGCAAAAUGGCGCAGAAACUCACGUUGCAGUCGACGAUUAAGCUCAACUCGGGCUACCAUAUGCCCCUGCUCGGCUUUGGAGUCUACCAAACCUCCGCCUCUGUGGCUACCGACGUCUGCAAAGAAGCCCUGAAAAUCGGCUACAGACACAUCGACUCCGCCUCAGCAUACCGCAACCAAGGCCCCUCCGCAGCAGGCAUCGCCGCCGCCGGCAUCCCCCGCUCCGAAGUCUUCUUCACCACCAAGGUCCCCGUCCGGGAGAAGCCCCUCGGGUACCAAAACACGCUCGACCUCGUCGACAUUGCCCUGCAGGAGACGCAGCUGCCGUACCUCGACCUCGUCCUCAUCCACUCACCCUACGGCGGAUCCGAGAACCGCAAGGGCGCGUGGAAGGCCCUCGUCGAGUCUGUCGAGGCCGGCAAGGUGCGCUCCAUUGGCGUCUCCAACUACGGCGUGCACCACCUUGACGAGCUCGAGGCAUACAUCAAGGAGCUCCAGGCCGAGCGCGGCGGCGAGGCUGGCAAGGGCGGGAUUCUGUCCGUCGGCCAGUGGGAGAUUCACCCCUGGCUGCCGCGCGACGACAUCGUGCAGUGGUGUCGCGCGCGUAACGUCGCUGUUCAGGCGUAUUGUCCUAUUGUGCGCGGCGAGCGCUUUGGCGAUCCCAAGGUUGGCGCCGUGGCGAAGAAGUAUGGGAAGACGGAGGCGCAGGUUUUGCUGCGGUGGAGUUUGCAAAAGGGGCUCGUUCCGCUGGUGAAGAGCGUGACCCCUAGUCGUAUCAAGGAGAAUGCGGACUUGUUUGAUUUUGAGUUGACCGAGCACGAGGUCAAGGAGUUGACGACGAACGAGUACAGUCCUUGUGCUUGGGACCCCACUGUUGAGCCGUUGGACAGGUAA